GUUACUGUAGUCAACAGCACGACAAUGAAAGCUAUACUUUUCUGCGCACUUUUUGUAACUCUGGCUGUGUUUCACGCCAACGCUGUUCCUGAAGGGGUGAACUGUCCUUGCCCGAGGAUCUAUUACCCCGUCUGCUCGACUGACGCGAAAACCUUCAACAACAAAUGCGAAUUCGAAUGCUACCAAGAGAAAAACAGGAGCGUGCGUAUUGCCAGAGAAGGCAGAUGCGAAGAAGAGAACAUUUACGAAUAGUUUCAUCAAUAUUCAAUCCACCGCAAUGAAGACUUAUGUAUAUCAAUAAUUAUUUGUUUAAACCUUAGUAAUUCGAAAUUUAUUGAAGCCAUGAAAUUUGUAUUUUCACUU